AAGUGGCAGUGUGGCGUUAAAUUCGGUCCGCUGUGCAAGGCUCGGCGUUAGCUGGCAACACUGUGUGGUAUCGGGACCGAGACGCUGAUGUGUUGUGGCAUUGUUUGGGACAUUUUUGAAGUUUUUUAGAGGCUUUAGUGAUCGUUGUCGUGUGAAUUGUGCGUCGAGUCGGCCGCAAAUUUACAAUCGAAUGAGAGUACGGUUCUGGCCGCACCAAACUGAUUUCGUAAUUUGGUUGGCAAAUUGGACAUUAAAACUGUUGCCCGAGAGCUCGAGGACCAGCUGAUUGGGUGUGCGGCCAUCAAAAAGGUUGAGACGAAAUCCCAGGGUCAGUGGUUCGGUUACCUGCGUGUUCGGUGGUUCUCGAUCGGUAUACCGUUAACGGAGGAAGAGGACAGACCCGUGAACAGAGGUUUCUCUUUCUCUCCUUGUCGAAUCACCUGUGAUCGUUUCUUCGCGUCCGACCAAGUGGGAACCAAAGUCAACACAGAUGGGUACCGGGCAGAACAGGCCAUUUCAUCGAAUCAAGAAGUGAAAAAUGUACUCGAAUCAGGACACGUCGUCGUCACAGCAGGAUAACGACAAUAACGCGGACAACCAGCAGGGCUCCCGCUCGCUCCAGCGUCUGGAGACGUUAGCCCAGAAAGCGGGCAUCCACGACAUUUCGGCCGAGGACUGCAAGUACGAUGUCGCGAACACUCUCCUAGACUUGGACCGUACCAACUUAGAAGGAAUGUCAGCCACGAUGUCGGACAUCAACAAACAACAGCAACAACAGCAGCAGCAGCAGCAGAUGGUGAAUGCAAACGCACAAGCCGUCCAGCAGCAACAACAACAAAACCAACAAGACCAGCAGCAACAGAUGCAGCAGCAACAGCAACAACAGCAGAUACAGCAGCAACAGCAACAGCACAUGGUAUCGACGCAGGGCGCUCACAUCCAGCAGGUGACGGUGAACGCGCAGGGUCAACAGUGCAUCCAAGCGCAGCCACAGGAGCAGCACCAGUCGCCGAUGCACCAGCAGGUGGCGCAGCAGGGUCAGCAGGUACAGAUCCAAACACAAAGCGGACAAGUGCUGGCGGCGACCGCUCAGUCCGGCAGCACCACGAUUACGACUAUGUCGCCGCUCCAGCAAGGCCAGCAGCCCGCUCACCCUCAGCAGGUCGACUGGAGCCACGGCAGGGUGCAGGUGAUACAGCAGUCGGCUCAAAACCCGAUGUACCUGCAGCAGCUGUACAACGCGCAAGGCCAGAUCUUAAUGCCCGGCAACAUAGCGUUGCAUCAGAGCACUUUGAAUCCCCAGCAGAUCCAGGUCAUCACGAAACCGUUUCAAGGGAACCAAUUGGCGCCUCACAUGCUGACCGCGACCCAGGGCAAGCAGAUGUUGCAAGGGAGCCAGGCCGUAACCUUCCCGGGCUACACGACCAUUCCGACGAUACCGACCACGCAGAAUCAGCAGACGAUCGUGUUCAGUCAGUUGGGCGUGAUCAAUCCGCAGGCGAACAUCCUGCCGAACCACUCGGCCCAAGGGAACGGUCAAGUCGCGCAGCAGAAGCCGCAGGAGAUGCACAAAGUGUUGAGCGGACAAAAAGUGCAGAUGCAAAAGGUUGCGGGAGGGACCGGAGCCGUGGCGCAGGCCCAGCAGCAGGGUCAGUGCGUGCAGGUGUCCCAAGCGAUGAUCGGGACGCAACCCACGGCCCAGAUCAUCAGCCCUAUUCAGCCCGGCGGCCAACCGAUGCAGUUCGCUUCGCCGUGGCAGUUCACCAACGGUAUUCAGCAGGUAUGGGCGAACAACGGACAAGCGUUGUUGGCGCCCAACCCGAUAUUCAUCAGGAGUCCGCAAUCGGACACGUCCAACAUGUUCAUACAACAGAACCCGCAUACGGGUACGAUCCAGGCGGCGCAACAGAACCCGACGAUCGCCGCGCAAGGUACCGUCCAGCAAAUUGCGAAGGCGAGGCCGGCCAACGAGAACAUUCAGCCGAAGCAGACGACCAAUCGUCCGUUGAACAUUUUGCCGUCGAACGCGGCAACGAUCCGCCCCGCUAGUUCCGUAUCGACCCAGACGAUAGGGGCGCAGACGCCGGCCUCCAUGGGCGGGAAACCGGUCACCAAGAUCAGGACCAAAACGCCGCAGAUAAGGUCGCCGGCACCGAAAGCGGACGCGGCCAAUCAGACGCAGCUCAAGUCGUACACGAACCUCCAGCAGCACCACAUAGUUGGCAACAGGAUGCUGGUGAUGAACACGUCGACUGGGAUGACGACCGCUAUAAAUCCGGGCUCGCCGAUGACGCCUGAGAAGCAGCAACAGAUGGUGAAUCAGCAGAACAAGGCCCAGCAGCAGCAGCAACAACAGCAGCAGCAAGCGGCCGGUCAACAGAGACUGCAGCAGCAGCAGACGAUGCAGCAGUAUCAGAUACAGCAGAACCAGCAAAUCCAGAAUAAGCCAAUGAUGACGGUACAGACGGUGCAAGGUAUACCGCAGCAGCAGCUGCAGAUCGGCGGCGACCGCUCCAUCAUGCCGGUGGUGUCGAUGGCGGGGACCAACCAGCAGCAGCAGCAGCAGAUCCAGCAACAGCUGCAGCACGGGAUUCCGUUACAGCCGAACCUCGCUGUCACGCAGCAGGCGAUGCAGAUGAACAUGCAGCAGAUUCAUCCGCAGAUCAACCAGAUGGCGCCGGCAGGCGCCAUCCUCACGGGUUCCCUACAGGGAGGCGGCGGCGGUAUGAACCCGGUGAUGGCGAGCGCUGGUCAGCAGAUGCAGCCGCUGCAGCAGAUCGCGGUGCCGGUAUCGCAGCUGCAGCAGGUGCCGUUGCCGCCGGCGGUGCCGCCUAUAGUGAAAGAAGAGUCGGCGGGCGUGGCCGACGCCGUACCCGCGGUGAUGCCGGCCACGGUGCCGAUGACAGACGUAAAGGAAAACGGCGGAGGAGAUUCUUCGUUCGGCGAUAAGGAGGCGGCGCCCGCGGGCGGCGACGUCAAGGUCGCGGAGAUCGACUCCUCGACCGCCUCCCAGGCUCCCGCGGCCGACACCAACGAGACGACGACGGUUCAGGUGGCGGCCAUCGCCGAGGAGGUGAAGGAGAGGUGUCCGCCCAAGGCGAUGGUCAAGCCGCAGGUAUUGACGCACGUCAUCGAGGACUUCGUCAUACAAGAGUCGUCGGAGCCUUUUCCGAUCACGCGGAGCAGCCUGAUCGGCGACUUGAAGCCUAAUCAGACGGCGGACGGCAAAGACUUCGACGAGCCGCCGCGCAAGAAGCAAAAUCUGGACAAGGAGGAGACGGCCAAGUGCGAGGCCUGCGGCAUCGUCGAUCACAAGUCCAAGUUCAAGAAGAACAAGCGUUUCUGUUCGGCAGCGUGCGGCAAAAAGGACAAGAAGAAAUGGGCGAAAGAGGAGGGUAUGGAGGUGGACGGGGAGUCGGGCACGGAGAGUAGCGGGUCUGCGGUGCAGAACGACGACGACGGCCCCAAGGUGGACCCAAUGAAGUGGACAGUCCAGGAAGUGUUCAAGUUCAUCAAGAACCUGCCCGGGUGCUCGGAGUACGCGGAGGAUUUCCUCAUCCAGGAGAUCGACGGACAAGCACUUAUGCUGCUCAAGGAGGACCACCUGAUGACGGCGAUGGCGAUGAAGCUGGGUCCAGCGUUGAAGAUCGUCGCCAAAAUCGACGACAUGCGGAUAGACAAGGAGCCGCCGAAGCAGAACUAAAAACUGUGUGACGUGUCGACAGUGAGUACUUAAAAACUGUCGGGAACCGGAGGUCGACGUACAAAAUGACACUAUUACGAUUUAAGUAUAUAUAAUUACGCAACGUUCUCUUUAUAACUACUAUUAUUAUUUACACAGCAUACUGCCACUAAGUACGUUUAAUGUUUAAGUGUAACUUUAUUCUGAUUAGGUCGCUAGGUGUAGGUUGACGCGCGCGAGAGACUCCGACUCCGGCAUCAAGUUCCUCGAGACUGUUUGAACCUGUGAUAUUAAUGUAAGCGCGUAAAAUCAAUUCUCGUAUCGCUAAGUCGACGCCAAAUUAUAUUUAUUGGUAUUCGUAUUUAUUUGCAAAAUUUCUACGAUUUCGGGCGGCCACGGAUAGUUCGUUCGUUUUUUUUUUCGCUCCUGCGAAAUCGGACGUGCAUCGCGAGCAUUGUAAAGAAGAAAAUGUAUACCCAUUAAGAAUUCUCAAAGUAAUUAAAUAUACAUUGUGUAUAAAUCCAAACAUUUGAUAAAUUUAUUUUCCUCUAAUUCCUAGGAUAUUAUCAUUUAUUUAUAAUUCAUUAGUGCAACUGCAACUGAAGGCACAAGGCAGGCUGACUAACUAAACUAAAUUUAAAAAAAAAAAAAAAACUAAAUAAAUUGGUCCUUCGAGCCGGAUCUCUUGUUUAUGCUUCUUCAAUUAUAUAUUUUAUAAUUUUAGACUUAGGUGAAGAAAAUCCAUUUAACACAAUUAAAUUAAAACAAAAAAUGUUCAGAUUGUCACAGUUAUUUAUUGGUUUGGGCAGUUGUUUCGGGAACACCGUGCCUUUAUCAAAUACAAAAUAUGAAAAUAUUCUGACAUCUAAUAAGAUCUACUAAUAGAUUCGAAUAUCUUAUUAUUAUUUACACUUAUUAUGGACCUUUUAUAACAGCACCAUCAGACUUUGCAAAUGAGAUCCCAAAAAGAUAGGUUAUCAAAAAUUAGCUCGAACUAUUCAACAAAAUUCCUCCUUUCCAGUUCUAGUUUCCUUUGACGUUCAAAAUCUAUUUCCUAGCAUUCUACUGAUUGACGUAAUAAAGGUAAUAGACAAGAUUGACACUCAUAUCAUAAAACAAGACUUGUUAGAUACUUUAGUUUAAUAGUUUGUUAAGACCAAAAUUAUUUUGAAUUUAAUGGUCAGUUUUAUAUUGCUAAAGAAGGAUUAAUUAUCGGAAACCCACUCAG